AUGUCCCGAGUCCGGGGACCACAGGGUCAUCAGAGCCCUGCCCGCUACCAAGACGACUUUGACGCUUACGACUACGGUAACUACGACCAGUACGAGAGGGAUGACUAUUACGAUGAGGAGGGUGCAGGCGGAGAGUACGAUACUCACGACAGGAGAAGGGCGUAUCCGCCUCAACAGCGAGGAAACGCAAAUUUCGGAGGCUGGGAGGGUGAUGAUACCUACGAGACGGUACCCCGGCGAGGUGUUCAGCAAAUUGAGAUCGACAGCUACCACCCUGCUGAGGAAAAAUAUUCAUACCGAGAAGAUGGCCGACGCAGUACAGUACGAACCCGCGAGGGCAGCCCGGUGAAGCGCAUCGUAGAAGAAAGGGGCAGUCCGGUGAAGAGUGUUGUCAGGGAUGACCGCAUGCUGCGUGAGUCGCGUAGCGGGAGACAUACGGAGGAGAAUAGCCCUGUACCACCGCCUCCACCGCCACCGACUGGAUAUCCCGGCCAUGGCCCCCACCAUCCCCCAGCCACCCCUGGCCAAAAGAAGGCCGCUCAAGAGCGCGAGCGCCGUGAGCACGAGCAGAGACCAAAUCUCAUUGUCAAAAACACGACGAUAUCAAUCGGACCGCCACCGCCAGCCCAGAAUAAGAAAACUUACGAUCACUCCCCGGAGCUUCGCCCAGCCCCGCCACAGCACGGAGGGCCCGUGAAAGCCAUUCUGAACGCCAUCAAGCUGACCAAUCCGAGGGAGUUGAGCCCAAAGUCGGAGGAUAAGGUGCCGAGGGAGAAUCGGCAAGAACGCCGUGAUGAUAUCAAGCUACUAUCAGCAGCCAAUAAGGUAUCGACGAAUCCCUUCAUGAAGAGUAAUGAGCGGAAAUCGAUCGAGCCAGCUGGAAGGCAUAACGGACUGCAGAAGCAUAAUGUACACGAGGUUGUGCAUAAGAUGAACACCGGCGAUUGGCCUAUCAAGAUUGAAGACGGGGUGAAUACGUUGAAGGAACAGAGGAAUGAGCGUCGAGCCAAUCUCGCACCAGCAGUCCCCGCUCAUGAACGCUCUGGCUCCAGAAGGGUAUCGACAGAACCGGAAAAUGAUCGUGACCGCCGCUACACGGAUGAACAGCGCAUCCGUGACGAGGAAAGACGUCGGGACGAAGAACGUAAUCGCCAGAUUGAGGAGCAGCGACGUCGUGAGGAGCAGAUGAAACAGAGGGAGCGCGACCGUCAGGAUGAGAGAAGACGGGAGGAAGAGAAGAAACGAGACGAUGAUCGGGCGGAAGUGGAAAGAUGUAGGGAGGAGGAGCGAAAAAUGGCUGAGGAACGCCGCAAGGAGCAAGAGCGUAGAAUGGAGGAGGAGCGGCGAAAGGUUGAGGCUGAACAACGCCGCCGGGAAGAAGAACAACGCGAGCGAGCCGUUCGGGAAGAUGAGGAGAGGCAGAGAAAAUUGGCGCAUGAAAGAUCCGAACUGGAGCGGAUCUCCAAUGAAAAACGUCUUGAGGAAGAGCGAGCCUUGGAACGAGCGAGGAUUGCACAGGCCGAAAAGGAGGGGCGCCAUAGCGCGGAUUCUCAAUUGGAAGAUGGAAUUCGUUCUCGGGGGCCAUCUAGAGCGCUGAAGAAUGCUCCUUCUCCAUCUGGUUCCUCGCAAAACGGGGAUCCCACUUCCGCCUCGACCGACUCGGCCAUGGGCUCUGAUGAGCUACCACCACCUAUGACACCGAUAAAGGCGGGCACUACCAUUCGGCAAUUGCCGGAAUCGAUCCGCGAGCUUAACGAUGAAGCCGAGCGUCUACUUUUGUAUUUCAAGAGUCAUCGUGAGGUGUUGAAUUAUCUUGGUAUUGGCCUGUCCGAAACGCUGUGGAGCCAUAUGAACGCUCUGCCGAUGGUCAAUACUGAGAUUCGAUGCCAGGGCGUGAAAGAAGUUCCCUCGCAAUUCCGGAAGGCCGAACGAGAGGGUCGCAGCGUUCGUCAUGAAAAGCAGGAACGUGUCAACUCGGACAACUCGGCGAAGAGCUACCGCCACCGUAACCAGUCCACCGAAUCGUACGGCUCGAUCAACGUCUCCCUCCUUGAGCGUGCCCUCUGCACCGACGAUGUCCAUGAUGGGUCCUCCUCGGCCCUCUCCUCCUACCAAAAAGGCCCCGCCGGCACACUAAUGCCUCCGCCGAACUCGCUGAACGCCGCCGCCGAGAGGAGUGGUCGCUUCGUGAAGAAAACAGCUGCAGGGAUCAUUGCCAAGAAGCACAACGAAGGCGGCAGUCCACUUCAGGGGAAACGUGGACCUACCCCCUAUGGCCGCGAGCUGUGGAUCCGCGACUCGCUGGGCCGCAAGCAGGCUAAGGUCGGUACCCACCAGGUCAUUAGCGCCUACCAGCCGGGCUCCCAGCGCGAAUGGAUAAGCCCGUACCGCGUCAAGCCAGCACGAGCGAACGACCCGUCUGACGGGCUCCUCCUCCUCCACGGCGUCGACGAGGAGGUGGUGGUGAAGCUUGGCUUCGACUUCUCGCGAAGCCGAGAUGGCGCUUCACCUAUUAAUUUGGCUGUCGUCGAGCUGGCUUAUUUUGGCGCUACUUCGGCAGGCUUUCGAUCUGAUUGGGCGAUUAUGAUCCUCUGCUGCAUCAUCGGUGUUUUCGCAGCCUGCCAGCAUCGACGAUCACUACUUGCAGUCUUUGCCACCACAAAUUUCAUAUCUUUCAUCUACAAUCUGCUCCUUCUUUUCUGGUACGAAGGAGUGUUCCCAACGACCAGCCACUACGCGUUGCUCCUCUCGUUUGGGUUGCCGUUCUCAUUUUCAUUUUUCUUAAAGUACACGCCGGGAUGUUCAUCACAUUUCGAUUUGAAGAACUCGUACUGGGUCCAAGACGACUGCCUGAUCCCGUUCGUCCAUCUCGAAGCGGCGCAGUCCGUAAUUCACGGCGUGCUGGCUCUUACCUGCCUAAUUACGACUACGGUGGUCCUAUGUACCCCGAAGAAGCGGAAGCGGAAGAGCAAAUCGGCCUCACUUCCAACCGUUAGCGCGGAAAGUGUCGUAUCUGGAGAUAUCGAAAAAAGACCUCGAUCUCGUGCUCCAACUCGAUCACUGCCAGAUUCGGGCUCCUCCGUACGUUCCGGAUACGUCAAUUCAUCCUAUGAUUCUCGUGAAGAUGUGUCGGCUGUGAGAAGUGCUCCGAAUUAUCGGAUGCCACCUCUGAAUAACCAGCCUAUUCAAGCGUUUCCUAACGAGAACUAUGAAGAUGUUGAUCCGUCGUUCUGCUCCUCCUCCACCACGGGCACGAUCCCCUCCCUGCACUCGCUCGUGUCCUUUGACCCCAAAAGCACCAACUAUCUCACGGUGCAAGAGAGGAUACCCACCGACGAUAGCGAGACGGAGGGCCCGUCGACGUCUUCGGGAUCACAGCAGAGUGACGAUUAUGAGGUGGAGGAGGUGAAGGUUGAGGCUCCGCCACCACCUGAUGCUCAAUAUUCCAAGGUGAAGAAGAGGCCGAAGAAGGUUGUCCAGCGAGAGAAGCGUCAUUUGAAGCUCCCCGUAGUGCUCGGGAUGAGAGCCCCGUCAAGCCCCGGGAGACCAGGGACCGAGACUACGAUCAGGAGCACGAGGAUCCGGCCUACGAGCGGAUAUCGGCCUAUCGACGUCUUGGCCAGGCAGCAGCCGAACGUGCUCGCGACCACCGGCAAGCGG